AUGGAAUCUAUAUAUAUAUAUAUAUUAAAAUGGAAAAGUGUGGGUGGAAGUUUGGGAGGGAAUUUGAGCGGGAUUGUGAAUUCAAAAUUCAAAAAAAUGUGCUGCCAAAGAUAACAUUAAAUGGAGAGAAAGCUGUUAUAGUUUGUAAUGCGAAAAACGUGCUAGAGUGUUAGAGUUUUUAGGGACAACUUUAAAUGAGGUGUAUUUGGGAUUUUUGAGGUGCCUUUUGGCCUUUUGAAUAAUCAUUACAACCCACAAUAAUUAAUCAAACCAUUAAACUUCUCAAAAAACAUACGUACAAUGUACAAAUGAGUAUCAUGUUGUUCAGCCAAAAAUGACAUUUCACAUUCUGCCAUAAAACUUCUCCUAUAAUACUAUUCCAACAGGCUAACAUUUCCACCACAGCAAUGCUUGAGAUCAACGGUUUUUCAAGAAGAUUACCAGAUUGGACUCAUGGAGAUGCACAUUGGUGAAGGGACUCUGCUUGCUGUGUGUACUGCCCAGAAGUGACGAAGGUGAAAUCAAACGCUUGUGCUAAAGAGGUGUUGCAUGUGAUACCGCAUGAGAGUAGGCAGGACGUAGUCAAUGCGAUGAUUAACUCAUCUUAUAUGUGGUCUGAAUGCACAGUCUUUCGUCUCACAAAAAAUAUGCGCCUCCAGAACAUGACUAAUCCAUCGGAUUCUUACGAUUUGAAGAUCUUUUCAGAUUGGAUUGCAAGCAUUAGUGACGGCGUUGCUGGUGAAAGUAAUGAUGGGCAUGUUUGUAUUACUAUUCCUGAAUAUCUAUUGAUACACACGGAUGGAGAUCCUAUAGCUAGGAUCGUAGAAAUCAUAUUUCCGGAAUAUGUUGAAUCUGCUGGUGAUGUGAGUUGUUUACGUGACCAUGCAAUUUUGGCUCCGACAUUGACUGUGGUUGAGGCUGUUAAUGACUAUAUGACAGCACUUAAUGUUGGUGAAGUUUCAAGGACAUAUCUUAGUUCUGACAAUGUAUCUAGGGUAGAUUCCACGACAGAUCUAAUGACGGAGCUUCACACACUUGGGUUCUUAAAUUGUAUUAAAUUGUCCAGUGUGCCGAAUCAUGUAUUAACGUUAAAGGUAGGGACCCUGGUUAUGCCUUUGCGAAAUAUUGAUCAUUCGAUGGAUUUGUGUAAUGGGGCACACCUUAUUCUAACGAGGCUUGGUGAUCAUGUUUUGGAGGGGGAGAUUUUAACCGGUGUGAAUACCGGACAAAAAGUAUUAAUUCCCAGAUUGUCCUUGACACCAUCGGAUACGAGCUUGCCUUUCAAAUUUCAUCGGCGGCAAUAUCCUAUUAUGACUUCAUAUACUAUGACUAUUAAUAAAAGUCAAGGUCAAUCUUUGUCCCGUGUUGGAUUGUUGUUGAAAAAACUCAUAUUUACCCACAGACAGUUGUAUGUUGCAGUAUCAAGGGUGACAAAUCGGCGUGGUUUGAAAAUUCUGAUUGUUGAUGAAGAUGAAGGACCUACUGACAAGACUGAAAAUGUAGUAUUCAAAGAAGUUUUCAACAAUGUUUAGGUUUACUUGAAAAGGAUAUUUACAAUGUCACGGUUUCAACGUAUUUGUGUGAUGGUUUUGAACUUUUAAGCAAUGCUUUGUAAUCUAAUUUUCAC